AGAAUCAUUAGUGAAUAGCUCGGUGUCAGCGAGACCUGGCGGGACACAGUGUGACCGGAGUCUGUCAGCUGAGCUGGAUCACCGGGAAUACAAGCAGGAUCAUGGAAAAGGAAGAAGACGUUUACAAAUUUACAGUUGUACAAUAAGGCUGUUUAAAAGCAGGUCAUGAUAUUUGAGGCAUUCCGUACUGGUAUGAGAAAGGUCCUGUAUAGUAUGAUGGUCACAAGUCUUUCUAUGGUGGGCCAGCGCAGACCGCCCUGCAGAAUUACCUCGUGUAAUUCAAUCAAGGUGUGACGAUAUGGAGACUGGGAUGUAAAGCCACAAUGGAUAAGGACCAUUUCCAAUUAGAAGACAUAAUCAAAAACCUGAAAGAGGACGGACUUGAUCCUGGGUCUUCUGGGGGAGAUCACUUGACUUUUCUGUGGAAGCUCUACCAAGGCACUCAAGGCAAAUUACAGGAGGCCACUAACAGUUUGAUGGAACUUAAACAACAACAAGCAGAAGAAAUGAAAGAAGUAGAGAAUUACGUGGCUCACAUCCGGAGCUUGACAGAAGAAAGGGAAGCUCUCACUACGGAUUUUGAGAAAGAAAACAUUCAGCUUCGAAUUGAGCUGGAAAAACUCCAGGUUCAGCAAGAGUCACAGCUGAAGGAGGUUGAGGAGAUGCUUUACCAGGAAGGACUGAACGAGAUUGCCCAAAGCAGCCCUAGUGAGCAGAUUGCUUAUUUAUUGGUUGAACGAGCAACUUUAUUAGAGAAGUUGGAUCUUUUAGAGCACAAGUGUGAUUCCCAGUUGGAGAAUCUGAGUGACAUAAAUCGACAGGAUGAAUUGCAACAAAUUCAUCAGACACUAGAAGAAGAGCUCUAUCAGCAACGCAAAUCUAUGAAACGCACAAAGGAAACCCUGAAUAAGGAGCAGCUGUCCUCAAUUCAGAAUCCCUGGAAGAAGUUAUUUGGAAUCCGUAAAAAUGCAGACAGAUUGUCUGCUGACAAUUCAACCUAUGAUGAAGCACUCGAUAAGGAGAAGAAAAUGAGAGCAUGCAUUGAGAGAGAUAUGGACGAAGCGUCGCGGAGGCUUCAGAUGUCUCAUGGAGAGAUCCGCAGGCUGACUGAUGAAAUACUAAUUAAAGACAAAGUGAUUAGCGAACUUGAGCAAAGUAUGCAGAGGAUGCAGCAGGAGUCAGAGGCGCUAAAACAAAACCUGAAAAUUGCUCAGGAGAAUGAUUCUCAAGAACUGCAAAAAGCCAAAGAAUACAGCUCUAGAUUAGAUAAGGAAAUUCUAGCAUUACGUAAUCGUGUCAAAUCACUGGACUCUGAAAGGAAGAAGUACAUGGAACAGUUUGAUAAAAGCACAAGUGAAUCAUUAGCAAAUUCACCAUCUAAGCAAAACACAAACCAUCAGGAAAACGAACUGCUUCAUAAAAGCUGUCGAUUGGCGAUUGAAGGGCGAGAGUGUCUGAAUCAGCAAUUGCUUCACAAGCUACAGAAACUGCAACGCGAGCAUGAUGAGACAGUGGAGCGCAACGAGGAGCUGGAAUCCAUUUUGGGAGAAACACAGAAUAAAACAAAGGAGCAAAUUGAAUACUUUGAGAGUCAAACCGCUGGACUCCAGAAUACAAUAAUGAGCUUAGAAGCAGAGCUGAUAAAACUUCGGAAUGGAAAGAAAGAAAGGCUUGGAACGGAUCGAGGAAGCAAAGGCGAUCUAACAAAGAUGCAAGAUUUACAGCAGGUCUUAAGAAGUCGUGAGGAGAAGAUAACUAUGUUAACAAAUCAGUUAACAGAGGAAAGAGAUGGGAAACACAGACUCUCGUUGGAACUGGAAAGUACCCAUAAAGCUCUGCAAACAGAAAAAGAGGAAAUAUAUACAUCUACAGUAAAAAUGAACGAGCUUCAGGGCGACCUAAGAAGCUUGAAACGUGCGGAACAAGACAAGAAUAUUUUGCGUGCAGCGAAUGACGAGCUGGAGAGAGUAAAUAGCAUGCAAGAUAUUAAGAUUGCCAAACUUACUGAAGAAUGCAAAAGGUUACAGACCAUGUUAAAUGACCAGAAAACGUCCAACGAGACCCGGAUUGCAAAAGAACAAGCUUUUCAACACCUGCAAGACAAGGUUUUAGAUCUGGAAAAGCUGAGAGAAGAAAAUGGUGUCAAAAUGUCCGAAAGCAAAAAGAAAUGUGAAACACUUCAAAAACAGCUACAAGAAGGAAUGAACGAGACGCAGAAACUGUGGGAGGAGGCCUUAGAGCUUCGUCAGGAGAUCCAAAGCACAAGACAAGAUCUACAAACCAAAAGAGAGGAGAACGCACGACUGAAGCGGGAGAUAGUGGACAUGCAGAAUAAAAUGCCCAGGCCUCAGAGUUGUGGUGAUGGCGCAGAAGAAAUGGUUCCAAAGUUUUUAGCAGGAGACACACUGAUGCAACAAUCUGAGGAAAUUCGUCAGCUUCGCCAAGAUCUUCACAGGGUUCAGAACGUGUGUAGCUCAGCUGAGAAAGAACUGAGGUAUGAAAGGGACAAAAAAUUGGAUAUGAAGAAAGAAUAUAUCGCUCUGCAACAGGAUAACACCAAGCUCAACGCAGAAUUAAAUCAGGUUAAACAGAAGUUAGCUGCAGUCAGUGCAACAUGCUUCGGCUUUGAAGCUGAAGUGGAGAAGAGACAGCAGAAGGUUAAAGAACUGGAACUGGAUCUGAUGAAGAGAAACCAGGGUUCUAAACUGCAAAGCAACUGGCAAGAGAAACUCGAGCACGAGAAAUCCCGAGCCGUCAACGCAGAAAAAAUGGUUUUAGAACUGCAGCAGCAACUCAGGGCUUCUGAGCAUCAAUUACAACUUUUACAGACACAAAUCACAGAGAAAAAGCGUCAAGAGGAAGAAUUAAAAAGAGCAAAAGAAAACGAAACAAAACUCAGAGCCCAGCUUCAAGAAGAGCAGCUAAAAAGAAAAAUGUUGAAUCAAAGCAUUGAAGACUUAAAGCAAACAAAUAAAGCCCUUCAUGAAAAAGAGACUUUAUUGACCCAGACUUAUUCUGCACUUCAGUUUAAACUUAAUCAGAAGGAAUCUCUCCUGCAAAGUCUGGACGAUGAAAAGAACGCAUCAGCUAAGGAGCGCAUCUAUUGUGAAAACAAUAACCAGAAACUUUCUGAAGAGUUGUUGCAAGUGCAGCAGGAUAAGGAGGAAUUACAUAAGGAAUAUAAUAAAAUAUUGAACCAGAUGGACGACUAUGUCAGAAAAAACAAUGAAAAGCAACUACGUUACAAAGCCAAGCUUAGUCGAGCAAAAGAAGUUCACAUUAGCGAAGUUAAUCAACGGGAUUUGUACAUAAAGCAGCUGGAAAUGGAAAUUGCACUGUCCAAGAGCCAAACAGAAAAGGAUCAGCAGUGGAUUAGUAAAGUCACAACAGAAAAUGAACAUCUUCUCAAGGAAAACCAACAUAUGCUACAGAAGCUCAAUGACCAAGAGGCUAUAGAAAGAAACUACCAAUGGCAACUCUUAUCGGUUCGAAAUAGGGCACAUAUUCUGGACGAAGAAAAUAAACAACUACAAGAAGGCCUGCUGCAGCUUUAUAACCAGGUUGGAUCACUGGAUCGGAUUUUAAAGAAAAUCCAGGCUCUUAAUCUAGAGGAAAUCACAAAAAUGAUCCCAUCAGAAUGUUUACUAAUGACCGAUACUCCACUGCAUUUGCCCACCGGAAGUUUUUCAGCUCUGGGAUUCUCCAGUCCUCCUGGGGUGUUAAAAGCUAUUCACAGCACAAAUCACGAAGGAAGUGCAGAAACCCUGAAUUUAUCUCACUCCAGUAUUUCAGAAAUUGGCUAUUUAAAUGUAACGUCACCAGGGAUUGUGCCAGCAUCCCCUGAGCAAACACCGAUGCCAGGUCCAUGAGUAAGGACAGAUAAAGAUAUACCGUUUCCUGCAUUUGCUCAAACUCGUGAGACCGUACUGUGGUGCCUUCUUCAAGCACUGAGUUGAAAAAAUGCUGCUAAAUUACAAAAUAACCACACAGAGAAACAAGAAACCACUAAUGACAAUCUCGUGCAAAUAUAUAUAUUUUGUUAACACUAUGUGAUUUUAAUAAUGUUUGUAUUUUUAUAUUAGUUUAUUAAAUCUUCUAAAAAUUUCCCUAUAA